AUCAUUUGGUUAAUUAGAAAGUAGUGUGAAGAAUGGAUGUUGCGUCACAUAGAGAUAAUAGAGGUAGAGAUAGAGAUACUACCCCAGAUCUCGCUAAAAUGUGCAGAAUGCAACAGCCAAAGCAGAAGCUUAAGCCCGCCAACACUAACACUAAGAGUAAGAGGGUUCAUGUUGUUUACUACUUGUCCCGUAAUGGCCUUCUAGAGCAUCCCCAUUACGUUGAAAUCACCCUUUUCCCCAAUGACCCUCUCCGUCUGAAAGAUGUGUUCGAGCGGCUCAUAGCGCUGAGAGGAAGUGGCAUGCCAUUACAGUAUUCAUGGUCUUGUAAAAGGUAA